GGCUCGGCCUUAACUGAGGAUCUGAGCUCCAGCUGCGACGCGGUCAGUCACAACCUGGCGGACACAACUCUGGAUCUAAACAUGAAUGCAGCUUCCUAAAUCCCUCCAGCUGCACUUCAGCUACGAACACUUCUCGAACCACAGCAGCAAACCGGACGCGUUGUGACAGUUGUGUUUCUCUGCUAAAUGGCAGGCUGUGGAGACAUGGACCGCCCAGUGAACCACCAGGCUCCUACCAAGCUUAUAGAGGAAGUGGGAGACACUUGUGCCACUGACUCCUCCACCAGCAACACCACCACCAACCCGGAGUGCUCCAUCUGCCUUCAGAGCUGCGUCCACCCUGUACGCCUCCCCUGCUGCCACGUCUUCUGCUUCCUGUGUGUUAAAGGUGCCUCCUGGCACAGCAAGCGUUGUGCUCUCUGCCGACAGGAAGUGCCAGAGGACUUCCUGGAGCGGCCAGUUCUCCUCUCACCUGAAGAACUGAAGGCGGCAGCUUCAGGGGUGAGCCGAAGUGGCGGCACAGGGGGCGUUUCCCCUGGAGACUCUGCAUGGUACUAUGAAGGGCGCAACGGCUGGUGGCAGUAUGAUGAGAGGACCACCCGAGAGCUGGAGGAGGCCUUUUCCAGGGAUAAGAAGAGCACAGAGAUGCUGAUUGCAGGGUUUCUUUAUGUGGCCGACCUGGAGAACAUGGUGCAGUAUCGCCGCAAUGAGCAUGGCCGCAGGCGCAAGAUAAAGCGGGACGCUGUAGAUAUCCCCAAGAAGGGUGUGGCAGGACUGAGGUUAGACCCUGAUCCUCCCACCAACCCAGCUUCACCCAUUGUCUCGCCAGCUGCAAUAGAACGCGUCAGCUCAGCUGAUGGAGCAGACACUGCAGGACAAUCACAGCCUCCAUCAGUUGGCAUUUUGUCUCUCCCUCCUGUUAGACCUCCGACACUCCUGGGGCGCCACCUAACAAGUCCUUUCUCUCCCUCACUCUCAGCCAUUGAAGACUCUCUCUCCCAGCUCCUAAUUAGCCAGCCAGAGGGGGAAGAGGUGGAUGGAGACGAUGAGCUCCAGACAUACGAGUAUGCAUCUGGCAACAGUGAGAGUGAUGAAGAAACAGAGAGUGAGAGAGGGAGAGCAGCUUUGGUUCCACGGAGAAGCCUUAGACAAAGACUGCUAAGAGAGGACCAGCCAGCCAGAAUGCCUCCCCGGGGCGGACCCUCCAACUCCGCCCCCAGUCUCCGCUCAAGUAGUCCCGAUGGACAGUGCACUGUGACAGAGGUGUGACUGCCACUGAACAAUGGUGUCUGUCCUCCGGGUAACAGACCUUAAACUAAUCAGUUUAGCAAAAAAGACAUUGGAAAUCUAUUAUGCAUCUUUUAAAGGUCCUUUGAAAUGAAAAAUCCAUCAUUGUAGUAGUGUUUCUGAUAUUUGAGCCGUUUCAGACAUGACCUCCGGGUAAAACCCAGAGAAUUGAUUACGGUGUUAACUCGGUUUGCCUUUCACACAUGUGCCACACAGACACGUUCACAACAGCAACAAAUCCACCAACUGCACAGUCCACAGUACUGGUCACAGAUGUCUACUUAGAUGUGUGGACUAAUAUUUAAGGACUUAACAUAUGAGAAACCCGUGGUCCUCUUUUUCAUGCUCCAAAAACAGUUACUCUAUUACAGCCAUUUCAUUGGACCUUUAACACAACAUUUCACUUUUUUGUUUAAGACUUCUAAACCUAGUUUUGGGCAGCGCUCUGAUAUAGAGUUAGAGAUAUCAGGCAUCGCUCUCUGCAACAGUCUUGUUAACAGGUUAAAAGGGCUGUGAGAAACUCUAUCACCUUUUUGACGGGUGUCAAAACAAACUACCACCCGUCACUGCGCAAUACAACAAAACUAAUCCCUCUGUGUUCUCUGUUCUCUCCGGACCUCCUGUUUGAUUUUCUUUGUGGAGUGAUAAUAUAAGAGUUUCACUGUAGCACCUUAUGUACCAAUUACAGAUGGUAGAACAGAUUUCCUGCUUUGCUGAUUUGGUUUGUUGAAGUAAUGAAGUUUUAAUUAGGAUCCAAUGAUUAACUAUUUAAACUGGAAUUUGUGUGUGUGUUUGUCUUUGAGUUCUCUUACUUUGAGUGUAAAAGUCUUGUUUAAAUAGUAACUUGUGUGUUUUCUGUUGGCGUGACUGGUGUUGGGUGCUCAAAGGCUACUGGCAGAACCACUGGAAAUAUUCAGCUAUAUAUAUAUAUAUGUAGAGUGACACAUUUGGAUCUCUGUCUACUCUCAAUAGGGCCACUAUCAACGCACUAACACUGACAUGUACUCUGGAAGAGCCGAGCUGCCCUCGCACGCUCUGUUUUCUUCUCCUUCUGCUCCAGCUGCUAUUAUUUUAACUGUGAACUCGUCAUAGUCGGUGUCUUACUGGCUGAAUUACCUUAAACUGUCUUCUGUCUGUGUGCUGUUGCCCUUGUGGUGUUUUUGUCUGCGUAUUAAAAGUGUUAUGAUUUGAAAACCUAAA